AUGAACAUACACACGUUGCAUCUACUCGUGCUAGGAUUUGUAAUUUGUGCAACUACAUGUACUGAUGGAGAAUCCUCAACCUGCUUGACGGUGUACAAAGAAGGCGGUGCUCCCGCGGUCUUUCAAUCCCCAAAAUGCCCUCGUUGGAGGCUAUCAAAUUACGCCUCCAAAUUGCGGUCCAGGUUGCCGAUGGCGAGGUGUCAGUGGGCCAUGCACCAGGGGCGACGCAAGUCUCAGGAGGACCGCACUUUCUGCGCUCUUGAUAUACGCAUUCCUUUUCCCGGUCCUACAGGAAUUACCGAGGUCACAGUUGAUAUUGUGGCAGUUUUUGAUGGUCAUAAUGGUGCUGAAGCGAGUGAAAUGGCUUCCAAGCUACUAUUUGAGUAUUUCAUGCUGCACACGUAUUUUCUUCUUGAUGCAACAUUUUUAAUUUUGUCGAGGAAAUCCAUGGUAAGGUUGCCAAGUAAAGGAGAACAAGAUUGUGGCUUUCAAAAGGAACUGAACUGGCAUGUGUUGGAUGUGGGCAGGUUGAAGCUGACGUUCUCGGCAAUCUUAGAUGGAUCUCUGCACUUGCAAAUAUUGAAGGAAGCAUUACUGAGAGCAAUCCAAGAUAUUGAUGCAGUAUUUUCUAAGGAAGCAUCUAGAAACAAUUUCAAUUCAGGUUCUACGGCUACAGUUAUACUUAUGGCAGAUGGCCAAAUUUUAGUUGCCAAUCUUGGAGACUCAAAGGCAUUUUUGUGCUCUGAAGUAUUUCAGUCUCCUCUUGAAGCUAAAGCUACUUUAUUAAGGUUAUACAGGCAGAGAAGAAGUGAAGGUGUAAUGUCACCCAUAAAAGAUUUCGACAGCUUUAAAAUGGCAGCUUCUGAUGGGUGGGUUUAUUUUUCUGCGAAGGAACUGACAAGAGAUCACCAUCCAGAUAGAGAUGAUGAAAGGUCCCGAGUGGAAUCUGCUGGAGGUCAUGUUUUUGAGCGGGGUGGUGUAUCUCGCGUUAAUGGUCAGUUGGCUGUUUCUAGAGCUAUUGGUGAUGUUCCCUUUAAAAGUUAUGGCGUUACAUCUGUUCCUGAGGUGACAGAUUGGCAACCUCUGACUGCCAAUGACAGCUAUUUGGUGGCUGCAUCUGAUGGCGUUUUUGAAAAGCUGAGUCCACAGGGUGUUUGUGAUUUAUUAUGGGAAGUACAUAGUCAGAGGCCCAUGAGAUUAGAACUCCCUUCCUCGUGCUCAUACUCAUUAGCUGAUUGUAUAGUUAAUGCUGCAUUUGAAAAGGGUAGUGUGGAUAAUAUUGCAGCUGUUGUGAUUCCAUUUAGAUCAACUGGUAUUUCUCAAAUGUUUCUGGAGGAAAGGUUUGAUGGAAGCAGGAAAUUUGAUUGCUUAGGUUUUGGACUUCAGAAGUACAUCUAUGAACAAUCGGGUGAGUUUCACUUUUCUUAUACUUUCUAUUUUAUGUCAAUGAGUACCAAAUGGAACCAAAACUUGGCUGGUCUUGAACAUGUCGGAACUGAAAUGCUAAGUACAAAUGAGGUAAAAACAUGGUAA